GUAAUCGACGUUACUGCUGCAACAAACAGACCUUGAGAGUGAUCCACUGCACAUUAACGUCACCGUGCUGGCUCACAAGACACCAGUGUCAAUGUCAAUGUCAUUGUCACUGUCAUUGUCAAGCCAUUGUCUCACAUCGCAAUGCAGACUCAGACCGUUGCACAUACACAUGCGUCAAGGUGUCAGUCCGAGAGUCAGCCCUUUCUAGGCCAGUGAUCAGGAAAACUCCCAGUGAAGCCGGCAAAGUCAAACCCUCGGGCCCGGUGGUUGAAGCUCUCCACCCACCGAAACAGCGCCCCGUCAGUGUAGAACCGCCUCGUGUAGUCAAGCACCCGUUUCGCCUGCAGCCGGUCGAUGUCAGCCGCCAGGAUGUCGACCCGCAGGAGUGCCAGCUGCUUGGAGGCCAGGAGGUCAUCAAACACGGUGACGAUCAAAUGGGGCGAGGCAGCCUGGGCAUCACGCUGAAACUCCUCUGAGCCAUAAAGGAACACAGACACAGAGAAAAGGAGACAGAGAGAUGGGGAGGGCCGGCAUCGGCAUGUCUGAGCGCCUGUGUGGGGGGAUGGUCGAAGGCGCUCACCGAGUGAUGUGUAAAGGAUGUGCUUCUUGUCCUGGAACUGCAGCACAAGUGUCCUGAAUCCCUGCGUGCCCUGCAGCUGCACCUUGGCCGCCUCGAUGCCGUUGCCCUUCAUGUCGUGGUGAGGGGACUUGGUCAGCGGCGCGAUGAACAUGGGAGCAUGGGACGCACUGAGCACAUUAAUCACACACCACACACAUAGCCAUCGGACAGCCACAGAGAAAGCGCCAUGAAUACAUCCGGCUGACCCAUCCAUCCAUCCAUUCUGCCUACUUCUUGGUCAGUGUGUCGUACUCGUCCGGCUGCAGCACAUCGGUGAGCACCCGUGGCUUGUCCUUGAACUGCUCCAGCCACAGGUACUCAAUCGUCGAGGGCGUCUCCCGCUCGAACAACGACAUCUUGACCACCUCACGCAGCUGCCGCGGGACGGGAUAAGUGAAGCCAAACCGACGGCACUGCUGAUAUCGAUAGUGAUGCCGACGAUGACCGACGAUGGGAGGGCAGGGAGGGCACUGAGUGGGGGAGGCGGGGAGAAGGGAUCGAUGCAGAUGUCGGGCGCUCGUCAUGAGAGGUGGCCUCUGGGGCUUGGCUGAGGGGGAGCGGGG